AUGUCACGGCGCACUAUCGGCGGUGGGAGGGUUCUGGGAAGCAGUAGAACCCUCGGGCCCCCGGCUCCUCCUGCUCCUCCUCCCAAGGCCACCACGCCUCUCCCCAGCCAUGUGCUCUCCCCCUCUGCGUCGAGCCUGUCCUUGAACACCUCUGGGAGCGGCAAUUCUACCCCUCCGUCGUUCGACCCCCAAGACAUCGCAUCACGAGUCUCCCUCGACCAUGGCGCACCCGAUCUGUCUGCGGCUACGGCUGCGGCUGCGGCUGCGGCAACAGACCGCUUGGUCUGCCCCAUCUGUAGCGAGGAAAUGGUCACCUUGUUGCAGUUGAACAGGCACCUGGACGAUGCCCAUCAAGAGAUCGAAGAACAACAGCAGGAUGAGGUAAAAGAUUGGUUCAAACAACAAAUGGUAAAGGCAAAGAGAUUCCAGCCGCUGGCGGUGCUGAACCAGAAACUCAAGGGGUUGGACGUGUUUGAGUCGAACCAGGACCUGGUCCGAAUCAGCACCCCGACCCCACGGAGCGAAUCUGUCUCAAGAGAUUCGAGAGACCUUCCUGCUCCGCCGUUGCCUCCAAAGCCCUCUGUCGUCGAUCCGGACGACAUCAUCACGAAGUCACACUGGCAAAAGCGGACGGGAUACGAUGUGUGUUCGGAUCCAACCUGCGAGAAGAGGCUGGGUUCGGCAGCGGGGAUUGUCAACUGUCGACAUUGUGGAAAGCUGUUCUGUGAGGAGCAUACAAUGUACCAGAUGAAGUUGUCGAGAUCUGCCAACAUGAGCCUGUCCGAGGGCUCUGGUAUCGAGUCUGCGAGACAUGCUACAAAAGCCGAGAGGGUUACACGGACAGGCAUGGCCUGGAAAGAGAUAGGAUGA